AUGGCAGGCGCUGGCGAGCGCAAAGGCAAGAAGGAUGACAAUGGCAUUGGCACGGCCAUUGAUUUUGUGCUCUCCAAUGCCCGGCUGGUGCUGGGUGUGGGUGGAGCAGCCAUGUUGGGCAUCGCCACACUGGCAGUUAAGCGGAUGUACGACCGGGCAAUCAGUGCCCCUACCAGCCCCACCCGCCUGAGCCAUUCAGGGAAGAGGAGCUGGGAAGAGCCAAACUGGAUGGGUUCUCCUCGACUCCUGAACAAGGACAUGAAGACAGGCCUGAGCCGGUCCCUGCAGACCCUUCCCACCGACUCCUCUGCCUUUGACACAGAUACAUUCUGCCCGCCCCGGCCCAAACCAUUGGCCAGGAGGGGCCAGGUAGACUUGAAGAAGUCACGACUCCGCAUGUCCCUGCAGGAGAAACUUCUUUCUUACUACCGGAACCGGGCAGCCAUCCCUGCUGGAGAGCAGGCUCGGGCCAAGCAAGCUGCGGUGGACAUAUGUGCUGAGCUCCGGAGCUUCCUGCGGGCCAAGCUGCCUGAUAUGCCACUGCGGGACAUGUACUUGAGUGGCAGUCUCUAUGAUGAUCUGCAGGUGGUGACGGCUGAUCACAUCCAACUCAUUGUUCCCCUCGUGCUGGAGCAGAACCUGUGGUCCUGCAUACCUGGUGAGGACACCAUCAUGAAUGUCCCUGGAUUCUUUCUGGUCCGUCGUGAGAACCCAGAGUACUUUCCUCGUGGUAGCAGUUAUUGGGACCGCUGUGUCGUAGGUGGCUACCUCUCCCCGAAGACAGUGGCAGACACAUUUGAGAAGGUAGUGGCAGGCUCUAUCAACUGGCCAGCCAUAGGGUCUCUCUUGGACUAUGUCAUCCGACCAGCACCACCCCCAGGGGCCCUGACACUAGAAGUGCAGUAUGAGAGGGACAAACAUCUUGUCAUUGACUUCCUGCCAUCAGUGACCCUUGGUGACACUGUCUUGGUGGCCAGACCACACCGGUUAGCUCAGUAUGACAACCUAUGGCGGCUGAGCCUGCGGCCUGCUGAGACAGCACGUUUACGGGCUUUGGACCAGGCUGACUCGGGCUGCCGAUCUUUGUGCCUCAAGAUCCUCAAGGCCAUAUGCAAGUCCACUCCGGCGCUGGGCCACCUCACUGCCAGCCAGCUAACCAAUGUCAUCCUCCACUUGGCCCAGGAGGAGGCUGACUGGUCUCCAGACAUGCUGGCCGACCGCUUUCUGCAGGCCCUGAGGGGACUUAUCAGCUACUUGGAGGCUGGAGUCUUGCCCAGUGCCCUGAACCCCAAGGUGAAUCUAUUGGCAGAGCUCACCCCUCAAGAAAUAGACGAAUUGGGAUAUACUCUCUACUGCUCAUUGUCUGAGCCGGAGGUGCUGCUGCAGACGUAGGGCAGGUGGAGCUGGAGUGAGCGUCGGGUGAUCAGCCCCAGAGUCUCCGUUAGAAACACUUGGCUACAUGGUUGGUGCCUCACAGGGUCCCUAGGUGCCUCCUGUUUUCCUAGUCAUUGUCCUGGUCACUUCGUGCAGAUUAGAAUGGCAUCCCUUCGGUUUUCCCACCCAUCCCUAUUUUUGUUACCAAACACUGUGCUCCCUACUUGGCGCCUUUCUCUAGGCUGAUUUUUUUGGAACGAACAUAGAUGGUGGAGUGCUGGCCUCAGCUGUUGGGUGUUUUUGU